AUGUCGUCUACUUCUGAAGACAGCGAUGGCGAUCUCCCAGCGCCUUUCCUAGUGCAUCUCGUCUACCGGACCAGCGCGUUCCACCGGCCCGAUGAGUUUACUCCGACUUCUCUGCCACCCCAUGUUUCCUUCUACACAUGGCCACACUGCACGCUGAGCGAGCUUGCGAUGGAGCUCGCAGCGUCCAAGCCCUCGGCGCUCCCUUACCCUGCCAUCGGCACCCGGCUGGCCUUCCAGCUCGUAUAUCCUGAUCUCCGAGGCGCACCUCCGGUCAACGACACGUCGCCUCGUUACGCAGUCAAGGAUCUCGGCAGCAUCGUCAUCGGACAAGGCGGGCCAGGGGCGGAGACUUCUGGAUUUGGCGACUCAGUCAGCGCAUCGAGAGGGGAGCAGGAUAUCGGGAGGACGCUUGGUGACGCACGGUUCGUCGUGGGGGACUAUGUGUCCUGCGCGAUCCUGCCGCCGCUGUCGGAUGGAUCAGUAGCGCCGGCUUCCAACGCGAGGAGGGAUGUGAGCUCUGGUUUGCGCGAUGCUCGAGGUCAACGAGGUGGCUAUCGCGGUCGAGAGAACGGCUUCGCGCGCGGCGGGAACCAUGGCGGUCGUGGCGGAAGGAGGGAUGGGAGUGGAGGAGAUGCGCCGCCCGCCAGACCUCGUGGUGGCGGUGGUCGCUGGUGA